AGCAGCUCCAUCAGCCACUUCCUCCUGCUGGCAUUGGCAGACACACGGCAGCUGCAGCUCCUGCACUUCUGCCUCUUGCUGGGCAUCUCCCUGGCUGCCCUCCUGGGCAACGGCCUCAUCAUCAGCACCGUAGCCUGCAGCCACCACCUGCACACGCCCAUGUUCUUCUUCCUGCUCAACCUGGCCCUCACUGACCUGGGCUCCAUCUGCACCACUGUCCCCAAAGCCAUGCACAAUUCCCUCUGGGACACCAGGAACAUCUCCUACACAGGAUGUGCUGCUCAGCUCUUCUUCUUUCUGUUCUUCAUCUCAGCAGAGUAUUUCCUCCUGACCAUCAUGUGCUACGACCGCUACGUGUCCAUCUGCAAACCCCUG